CCCCCAGGACCCCUUUGAAGAACACAUCAUUGAUGAAGGAGGUUACCAGAUGAGGACAGCACAGCUGAAGAUGGCUGUGGCCCUGGAAUCUGAGGUCCAGACCCCUCCCCCUCCAGAGCCUGAAGACCUUUUGACUGUGAAACUGGAGGAGGACUCCUGGGGAUCAGAAUCUAAAUCCCAAGAGAGGGGCCAAAACCCUGGCCUUGGUCCUGGUCCUGAGGUCUCCCGCCAGCGCUUCAGGCAGUUUCGAUAUAGAGAUGCAGCUGGACCCCAUGAAGCCUUCAGCCAGCUCUGGGCACUCUGCUGUCAUUGGCUGAGGCCUGAGAUUCGCCUCAAAGAACAGAUCCUGGAGCUGCUGGUGCUGGAGCAGUUCCUGGCCAUCUUACCCAGGGAUAUGCAGACCUGGGUGCAGGCACACCAUCCUGGGAGUGGGGAGGAAGCGGUGGCCCUGGUGGAGGAUUGGCACCGAGAGGCUGAAGCUGCCGGACAGUGGGAAUUGGAGUUGUGUGCAGAGGAGAGCGAGUCUUUAAAGGCAAUGCAAGAAUCUCAGAGUUUGCAGCCUCAGCCUGCAGAUGAGUGGCCUGAGACACAGUCCCGGAAGCAGUGGAUGGAAAGUACAUGCUCUGGCAUUCCCAAAGAUCUACCUGCCAAGAUGGCGCCUCGGCCCUUGAAAGAGAGUGCUGUCCUUACUACUCGACUUCCUACUGUCUCAAAGAUAGGAAGCAUUGAAGACUGGGAGGUGAUAGCUGAGUCACAGGAAGCCCUGGACCCCAUCAAUCAUGCUGACAAGUUGCUCUGUCAGGACCCUCCAGCAAAUGACUGUGAGAACAGCGUGCAUCUGGGAGCUUUAGUUUCAAAACCAAGUGUCAACUCCCAGUCAGAGCAAGGACAAGAGGUCUGGAGUCUAAGCCUGAUGAAUUCUGGGAAAAGGAACUCUGCAGAUUACAGCAUACAUAGUGAGCAAAUAAAAUCAGCUCAGGCAUUGGCCUGGAGGGACUCAAAGGCCUGGGAGGAGCAAUACCAAGGCGAUGUGGACGACAUAAAGGUGUCCGGCGUUCACUGGGGCUAUGAGGAGACCAAGACUUUCCUGGCAAUUUUGAGUGAAUCUCCUUUCUCUGAAAAGCUCCGGACUUGUCACCAGAACCGCCAGGUAUACCGAGCCAUUGCAGAGCGGCUGAGGGCACGGGGUUUCCUGCGGACACUGGAGCAGUGUCGUUACAGGGUCAAAAACCUCCUGCGGAAUUAUCGGAAAGCCAAGAGCAGCCACCCACCAGGGACCUGCCCCUUUUAUGAGGAGCUGGAGGCCUUGGUGAGGGCUCGGACAGCCAUCAGAGCCACAGAUAGCUCAGGAGUGGUUGUGACACUUCCCAGGCUGGGGGACAGUGAUGCUGAACUGGAUGAGCAGGAGGAAGGGGGCUGGGAGACCGAAGAAACAAUAGAAGAUUGUGAUAGUUCUGGCCUAGCCACCGAGGAGUCUGCCCAGGGGUCCAGGAUUGCAGGGGGUCCAGCUCUGCUCCACAGUCGUAUUGCAGGUGUGCACUGGGGCUAUGAGGAGACCAAGGCUUUUCUGGCAAUUCUUAGUGAGUCUCCAUUCUCUGAAAAGCUUCGCACUUGUCACCAAAACAGUCAGGUGUACCGGGCCAUUGCAGAACGACUAUGUGCAUUAGGCUUCUUGCGGACACUGGAGCAAUGUCGUUACCGAUUCAAAAACCUCCUUCGAAGCUACCGGAAAGCCAAGAGCAGUCAACCACCAGGGACCUGUCCCUUCUAUGAAGAGCUGGAUUUAUUAAUGAGAGCUCGGACUUCCAUCAGGGCUAUGGAGAUUGUCAGGGUCCCUGGGUCUGGGCAGAAGAAUAUUAAGACUGAUGACCAGAAGGCCUGGGGUGAGUUGGCAGAUGGAGAUGUCAUCAAACCUUCAACCCCAUGCCCUAAAACUCCAGAUACAGGGUUUGAGUUGAAGGAUGAAGAUCAGAUUUCAGAGCAGGACAUUUUUGAGGAUUUGCCUGGAGCCUUAGCAAAAUGCAAUACUGAAGCUGUGUGUCAAGCUGGUUGGGAGGAAGACAGUGAAAAUGAGCAUGAAGGUGCAGGGGAGUGGAAAGAGCCUCCCCAGGAACAGUGGGACGACUGUUCUUCUGAAGAGGACUUAGAAAAACUCAUCGACCACCAAGGCCUGUACCUCGUGGAGAAACCUUAUAGUUGUAUGAAAAGCUUCAGCCGGAGUUCCCACUUUCUCGCCCACCAGCAGACUCACACUGAUGAGAAGCCCUACAAAUGCCUGCAGUGUGGGAAAAGCUUUAGUGACCGCUCUAACCUCAAUACCCAUCAAAGAAUCCACACUGGAGAAAAGCCUUACGUAUGCCUUGAAUGUGGGAAAAGCUUCAGUGACCACUCCAAUCUUAUCACCCACCAGAGAAUCCACACAGGGGAAAAGCCCUAUAAAUGUGGCAAAUGUUGGAAAAGCUUUAACCAGAGUUCCAACCUCCUGAAACAUCAGAGGAUACACUUGGAAGGAAGUCCCAACCAGUAUAGUGAGUCUGGUGGGGAGGGCUUUGAACAAAGUCCAUCUUUUAGUGUUCCAUGGCAGAAUUCUGCAGGGAAGAUAUCUGAGCAACUUCAGAGAGUUGGUGGGAACUUGAGCUCUCCCAGACCCCACAGUAUCAACUCAGGGGAUAAACUGUAUCGGUGCUUUGAAUGUGGGAGAUGUUUCUCAAAGAGCUCUGCUCUCCUCAGCCACCAAAGAAUCCACACUGGAGAGAAACCAUUUGAGUGUGCUGAGUGUGGGAAAAGCUUCAGUAAGAGCUCCACCCUGGCCAACCAUCAGCGAACCCACACUGGGGAGAAGCCAUAUAAGUGUACGGACUGUGGGAAGUGCUUCAGUGAGCGUUCCAAGCUCGUCACGCACCGCCGAGUCCACACAGGGGAGAAGCCCUACAAAUGCCUCGAGUGUGGGAAGUUCUUCCGGGACCGCUCCAACCUCAUCACUCACCAGAGGAUUCACACAGGAGAGAAGCCAUACAAGUGCAGAGAGUGUGGGAAAUGCUUUAACCAGAGCUCUAGUCUUAUUAUUCACCAGAGAAUCCACACAGGGGAGAAACCCUACAAGUGCAUGGAGUGUGGCAAAGAUUUCAACAACAGCUCCCACUUUAGCGCUCACCGGAGAAUCCAUACAGGAGGGAAAACAUCAUAGGAGGACCCCUCCACUCCCAACAAAAGAGCAGUCCCUGUGUAUUCACACUUCCUAAGAUUUUAAACCAUAUACCAGAAAGAAAUCUUCCAGUUUUUCAAUUUUAUACCCAGGGAAGUAGUAGUCUUGGUAAUUGCUAGGUAAUUUGGAAUUGAAUUACAGAUACUAAGUAAGGAUCCAGAAGGCACUUUUCUCAAGUGUAAUUUGUUUUUCUCCGAUAAAGACCUCCACAAUAGCCUCAGGCUGUCCUUGUAUUUGCUGUCAUGUGUGAGCUUUAUCAGUAUUUGAGCCAGACUCGUGACUUAGGGGAUUAAAUCAGUGACCCUGACCAAUGAUUCCAAACUGUUACUUGGUCUCUGCCCUGUCUAUGGAGUUCUCUUGUGGGGUAGUAUGCUCUCAGGGCAUAUCCUCAGGAAAAUAUGAGACUCCCUAGUGAGAGGGGGAAGAGCUGAGAACCUAGAGCCUAGUGAUUAGUUCAUGAAUUCUCCCUUGAACAAAUAUGGAAAUUGAGAUGCUCUAAAGAUGAAGAACUGGGCUGUUUAGAAUUGGUGAAGUGCUUUGAGCAAGGCCAACCUAUUAUCAAAGUGAUGAGUAUGAUAUUUCGUCUUAAUAGUAAUAUGAGUGAGAGAUGGGUUGGCUAGGAUUGGGGAAAACACAACCAAAGUGAUAUUUUAAGUCUCUUCUCAGAAGUGGUUUCUGCUUCUUGUUAUACUUGGCUGACCAGACUUAAGCCUUGUAGAGCUAGUGGCGUCUACUCCACUGCUUGUUCAUCCCUGGCCUCCCUGGCUUCUAUUUGUUCCUAAUCCUGAUGACAAG